AUGGACAAUCGCCACGAAGUUGUCCAGUGUUUAUUAAGAACGAGGCUGGGCCUGGCAGCUAUGCCGGAUAUGCAACACCUGUUGAUAACUGCCAAUGGAAUCGAAGCGGGCAUGAGAGCCACUUGUCUUGAGGAGGUGACCAACGGCAAAGUGAAGCUGCAGCGUGCUACUAUGGCACACCGUCUGCUUGACCAGCUCGCUCAGCUGCUCGGUCAGUUGGAGUCUCAACGGGGUAAGGCUUUGGAGUCAGUUCAGGGAGUGGUCAUCGGUCUCGAAAAGGUCGUCCCUUCACACAGCUGCAUUGCGAAGUACCUCGACGAAGAUUUACGCCAAGAUAACGAUUCGCUCUCUCAGGAGCUACCGCAGAUAAGGGACAAGAUUCGAGGAGACUUAGAGAUGAUUAGUGCUUUUGCCACACGGUUGGUGGAGGUGGGGCGGAAGCUGCUGUCGGUAGCAGCUUUUUGA